AUGAAGGAGGAAUCUGCCAACGCUGAAAUUAAUGCUGAGGCAAAAGCAAGCAGCAAGAAGAAUGACGCAGCCCACGCUUCUGCUACUGCCCACGCUCAGACUGAAGGCUCGGCCAGCGCUGGCAUUGCAGGUGACCAACAAGACCACAACGGAAAGGCGGGUCUCAUUCAGAACGUUGGCCGCAACCGCAGGUGGAAGACUGCCAUUGCAAAGGCAAAGGAUGCUGUGGGCAAGCUCACUCUCGAGGAGCGAGUUGCUCUCAUGACUGGUGUCGGUUGGGAGCGUGGUCCGCUACCCAGGUGUGUGGGGAACAUUGCCCCUCAGAAGAAGAUUGGCUUCGAGGGCCUUUGUCUGCAAGACUCGCCCGUCGGUGUGCGUUUCGCAGACCUGGUCACUCCUUUCCCGACGGGCAUCACCACAGCUGCCACUUUCAGCAAGGACUUGGCCUACAAACGUGGUGUGGCCCAGGGGCAGCAAGCUCGGGCCAAAGGUGUUUCCAUCCUCUUGGGCCCUGGCUUGAACUUUGGACGCGCGCCUGCUGCGGGAAGAAAUUGGGAGUACGGCGGAGAGGACCCCUACUUGAUCGGUGUGGCAGGGGCACAGAACAUCAAGGGCAUACAGUCCCAGCAUGUUCAAGCGUGUGCCAAACACUUCGUACUGAAUGACCAGGAAACGCUCCGCAACACCUACUCGAGCAAUGUAGACGAGCGCUCUCUCUACGAGCUGUACCUGCACCCCUUCAAGGAUGCUGUUGAGGCAGACACCGCCACAGUCAUGGCGUCUUAUAACAGAAUCAACGAGACGUGGGCGACGGAGAAUCCGGAGCUCCUUGGCAAUAUCCUGAAGUACAGGCUGGGCCACAAUGGAGCUACCAUCAGCGAUUGGGGAGCACAGCACAACAACGUAGAGUCGGCAAACGGCUAUCUUGACAUGGCUCAACCGGGACAGACAGCAUGCUGCGACAAGAGCAUCGGCACCUACUUCUGGAACGAGAAUCUGGUCGCCGCUGUAAACAAUGGCUCUGUUCCUGCCGACCGAGUGGCGGACGCAGCGGAGCGUGUGCUGGCGGGCUACUACCUGCUGGACCAGGACCAGCCUCAUCCCAAACCCAACUUCGAUUCGUUCGACCCACUCGACCCGAGCAAUCAACACGUCAAUGUGAUCAAGCCGGAGCACGUCCAAGUUGCACGCGAAGUUGCAGCUGCUGGUACCGUUCUGCUGCAGAACAAGAAGAAGGCACUUCCUUUGAAUGUCAAGAAGCUAAGGAAGCUCGCAGUGAUCGGCCCUCAGGCAGGCCCGGCCAUCAAUGGCGCCAACGCUUUCGGCGAUCGUGGUGGAGUCGAUGGCUACCUCGGCAUGGGUUGGGGCUCAGGUACUGCGGAGUACCCUUUCCUCGUCGAUCCCCUCAACGAGCUCAAUCAGCUCGCACGCAAGACGCCCUUCGGACUGUACUGGAGUCUCAACGCCACGGACUACGACCGCAUCCCCAAGGUGGCAGAUGAAAGACUGGGCGUUGACGCUGCCUUGGUUUUUGUCUACGCCGACAGCGGUGAAGGCUACAUCUCUCUCGAGAACGGUGUCACUGGUGACCGUUCCAAUUUGACGUUCUGGAACACCGGCCCAGAGCUCAUCAAGCGCACUGCCGCUGUCAACAGCAACACGAUUGUGAUUGUCCAGUCGCCAGACGCCAACGACUACGAAGAUGUCAUUUCGAACCCCAACGUGACCGCGAUCAUCUGGUCUGGCAUGGGCGGAGAAGAAGGUGGCAGCGCCCUUGUUGACGUGCUCACUGGCAAGACCAACCCAUCCGGACGUCUCCCAUUCACGAUUGCAAAGAAGAGAUCCGAUUACUCAGCCGACGUGAACUACUUCCCAGGUCUGUCCGACACGCCUGCAUCUUUCGACCAGGCUCAACUCCCCUACACUGAGAAGCUUGAGGUCGGUUACCGCCACUUCGACGCCAAGAAUAUCGAGCCCAGAUUCGCGUUUGGACACGGUCUGAGCUACACCUCCUUCAAGUACUCUGGCGCUCGUGGCAAAUGGCUCGACCAAAAGGAAUGGAACUCCCGCGCUUGGUCGUGGCCUACUCCAAAGUGGAUCAAUGAGCCCGUGAGCAUCGCAGACCCCGUUUGCUCAUGCGUGUAUGAGGUAUCCUUCACCGUGCAGAACAGUGGAGGACGUGACGGUCACGAAGUGCCUCAAGUCUACUUGUCCUUCCCAGCAGCCGCAGGCGAGCCGCCGAAGGUCCUUCGUCUCUUUGACCGGGUACCUAUUCCAGCUGGUCAAUCCAAGCACAUCACCUGGCAGCUGACGAGGUACGACCUCUCCAUCUGGUCAACCGAGAAGCAACGCUGGAUACACCCGGCCGGCGACUACAAGCUUCAAAUUGGAGCCUCUUCGCGCGAUAUCAGAUUGAACGUCGACUUCAAGAGCGCAGCUUGA